CUGAUGCACAGCGCCAGAGACAUCGUGUUUAAGAACAAGGACGCGCCUAAAAUGUUACUCGGUGCCGUUAUAGAAACAGUGAUACAGAAAGAGCGCAUGGAACAGCUCAAAUUCCUGGAAGAACAGAGGCGUCUGCAAGCAGAACAGAAGAGAAGAGACGACGACGACAUAAUCCAGAAAGCUAACGAAUGGAACCAACUGAUGGCAGAUCGAAAGCAGAAACGAUUUGAAGUCAACAAGGGACAUCAGAAGGAGAUAGUCGAUCAGGCCAAUGAGAUCGCCGAGCGAAACAGAAUUGAGUACGAGACGGAACUGAAUCUGCAGAAGAUCGACAACAUCAAAGGCAAACCGAACAGAUGGAGGCUAUUAAAGAGUUUGAAACUAAUUUUGUGA